AUGUCAAGAGCAACCAGAUUCUCUAUUGUUGAAGAAGCAUUAGCCUAUCCAUCUUACUCAAUGCAUCUGUUCUCAACUCAAAAAAUCGAAAAAGAUACAAUAGAAACUAUUAUGCACGAAAAAAAGGAGAAAAACAAAAUGAGAAGGAUAGCUAAUGAGAUAGCUGUUGGCCAACAUGCUGGAAAAAGAGUGUUUUUACCAAGAAUUCCUCUAUGUCCGUCUGACGAUGAGAUGUUCCCAUUCAAACUUAAGAGAAUGCAGUUUCCAGUUCAGCAUAGUUUCUCUAUGACAAUCAAUAAAGCUCAAGGACAAACAAUUCCAAAUUUUCCACUACAACAACUUAUUGGGAUUGACAAUUCCAUUAAAGUCGUCACUUCGUGGUUGAAAGAUGCAUCAUCAAAUACAAUAGAUAUACUAACGAUUUUGGGUAUGGGUGGGAUCGGUAAGACAUCGUUAGCGAAAUAUGUGUAUGUGCUACAUUUUCAUGAAUUUGACACCAGUAGCUUCAUUGAAGGUAUCAAUAGGAGAUGUGUCGAAAAAUCUAAGGGACCGCUUGAUGUACAAAAAGAACUGUGUGAUGACAUUUCAAAAUCAAGUUCAGUUCAAGUUCAUGAUGAUUCUAUAUACACCUUAAUGAUAGAGCAUGCAAUAGGCCGAAAAAAAGUGAUACUAGUUCUUGAUGAUAUUGGUAGUCUUGAUCAGUUAGAUUCAUUACUUAGAAGCAAAGGAUUUCAUACAGGAAGCAAAAUCAUAAUAACUACAAAAGACGCAUGGUUGACAGAGAGUUAUGCACUUUUCAGAAAGAAGAUUAAACCCAAGCAUGCAAUUGAUCCUAAGGAUGGUUAUGAAGACGUGUCAAAAAAGAUUGUAAAGUAUUGUGAAGGACAUCCAAUGGCAAUUAAAGUUUUGGGUAGGUCUUUACAUAAUCGAGAUGUAAGUUAUUGGGAGGGAGAUGUUACUGUAACAAUAUUAGAGGCAUGUGAUAUAGAGACCAGGUCCGGGAUCACGAAACUUAUUGACAGAUGCCUUCUUAGUAUUGGAUGGAAUAAAGAAUUGAUGAAUAUUGAAUUGAUGAUGCAUCAGUUGGUUCAAGAGAUGGGAAGAUUCAUAGUACGUAAAGAAUCACUUGACAAGCCAUGGGAGCGAAGUUGA